UGUGAAUAAGCCUCCACCGUAGAGAAAAUGGCAAGAAGAAAACAAGGAGCUCAAAUAAUUGCAUUGCAUACACUUGCAAACAAAGCACUGUAGCAACCAGUGCUUAUCAUUUCAUCAGCUUCGGCAAUCAAGAAAGCACUGUAACAAAUGAAGAAAAUUUACAAGUGAGUAGCGGCUAGCCCUGUUUGCAGAAAGAAAUCAAGAAGGUGCCAAUCACAUCUCAUGAAGAUGGAAGUAAAAGUCAACCAGAAAUUAUUUUCACCACCUUCAUUUCAGGAUUUUUGAUGCUCUAGCUCCUUCUUCCACUGCUAUAUAAAGAGCCAUUUGGGAGCUGAAAAGAGGACACCAAGUUCUGAUAGAAAUCAUUCUUCUCUUUUCUUUAGUUUAUACGAAGUAUUAGUAGCCAUAUAAUAAAAGUGAUUCUGCCAAGAACACUUCCUGUAUAGAUUUCAGUUUAUAAUUCUCAGUUCCAGAAUUUUAACUUGUGAUAUUUGGUAUUGAAGUUCAUUUGGGUUUAUCAGUUCGUUCAAUCAGUUCCAGCUUAAUUCAAGGAUUUCAACUUUUCUAUUCCAGCCCAUCUAUGUUCUUCAUUAUUUUAUGCCUUCAGAAUUCAGACUUGAUGCCUUUGAGAAUGCCCGGCUCUACAAGGAAAGAGCAAAGAAAUGGCACGAUGGGAGAAUCCUUAGGAGAGACUUUUCUCCUGGAGAUAGUGUGCUACUAUUCAACUCAAGGCUAAAACUCUUUCCAGGAAAGCUGAAAUCAAAAUGGUCUGGACCUUUCAAAGUUAUCCAAGCCUAUCCAUCCGGGGCAAUCAUUCUGGAGGGAAAUGAUGGGAGGCAAUUUACUGUCAAUGGCCAAAGAGUUAAUCAAUAUCAUGAAGGAGAUGACACAAAGGAGAAACUCACUGUUGAUCUGGACAAUCCUCCUUACGAGUAAAACACUCAGGUAAUGUCGGGCACACGACGCUAAAAAUAGCGCUUCUUGGGAGGCAACCCAAGUUUAUUUCCUUGCAUUUGUAUGUGUGUUUUGUUUGUGUGUUUGCAUUGCAUUUUUUUUCCCACCCAUUUACUCACCCGCCCUGUAUAUAUUUGUCACAUCGAGGACGAUGUUUCAUCCUAAGUGUGGGGGGAGAAUACGCAUGUUUGUUUGUUUGCUUGUGAAUUGCCUUAUCAUCUCUUUAACUUACAAAUCAUGCAUUCUAUUCUUUCACAUGGUAUGUGGAUUGUUGGCGGGACUUGUCUCUUAAUAAUUGGAUUGAGAAUCAUAAUUUUGAGUGUUGAGUAAAAUUUUGGUCAAAUUUUAAACUUUGUACAGACACAAUACAUCUCAUGCACGCAAAUGGUUAUCUAGUGAAAUUGUUGUUCAACAUGUUUAAGAUUGUGCAAAACAAGAGUGCUAUGUGCUUUUAUUUUCCUUGACAUGAUCUUCUCACUUAGCACAUUAGGAAAUGAUAUAGGCCGUUUUUCAAAAAAAAAACCAUAUACCUAGCCUUACCCAUGUGAUAAAUAUCCCUUGUUCACCCCUUUGAGCCAUUUCUUGUAAUAAGCGUUAUAUGCUUAACCCUGUUUUUGUUAUUUUCUUUCAUGACAACCCGUUAUAUGUGAACCUUAACCUAAAAGUCAAACACUUUCCAUCCACCCUAGAAUGAACUUGCAUAAAUUUUAAUGAUUUUAGAGAGUGUCAUUCACCUUAAGGGAGCUUCAUUUACACUUUUGUGAUUACUUAGUUGUUAAUAUUCAUUUAUAGGGGUAGUUGUUCUUGUUGUAUCAUCAUUGUACAUAUUAUUCUUGUAAAUUCUUAUUGUUAGAAGCAUGAAAUAAGCCUUGAAAAAAAAAAAGAAAAAAAAGAAAAAAAUAUAAAAAAAGAAAAGAAGAAGAAGAAAAAGUGAACAAGGCUAAAUGUCAAUGUAUAAGCUUCUCUCUUUUGUAUAUUUUUCUUGUACAUUAAAUUACUCUUUUUACUACCCCUAACUGUUGAAAAUAACAAGUGUUGUAUAGAUUAUUGUCAAAAGCUCCUACUCAUUACUUAGUACCUCUUUAAAUUUGUUAAAUUUAUGUCAAGUUCAUUCCUUUUGUUUCCUCAUUAAUUCCCUUUGUUCAUAAGCCUUUUCCCACAGACCCUAUAACCCAAUGUGAAAAGUCCUAAUUGAUCUUAAUUGUGUUUUGUCUGAAAUAAGUUGAUAGGAAAAUCUUAUUUUGCAUAAUUUUGCAUGGUUGAACAAACGAAGCUAGAUUCCAUUUUCACAUCACACACUUUGCGUUUGUUAGAGUUAAGAUUUGACCAAAACUUUUCAGAUGAUAUGCAAAAUAUUUGUAUGAUUCUUACUACUCUUAUUUUGUGACAAGUCAAGGGAAUUUGAUUGAUCAGGUGGAGUGAAAGGAAAGUGUGCAUGAUUUUAGGGUUGUACAUAUGAUUUGGCAAAUUAAUUUAUGCUUGUUUGCUUGCUUGUGUGAAAUGUAAAUAUUUUUGCUUGAGGACAAGCAAAAUCUUAAGUAUGGGGGAGUUGAUGUACUCCUAAUUUACCAUAUUUAUGAUCUUGUUUUGUCACACUUUUAAUAUUUUAUUUCUCAUUUUUUAAAUGAAAAGGAUUGAUUUUUAUCAUCUUGGACAUUUUAAUGUAUUGCACACUUGUUUUGGUAUAUUUUUGAGUUUCAGGAUAAUUCGGGACGUAUAUUAAUUUCUGAAAAGAAAUUCAUAUUACUCCCGAGUGAAGACAGAAAAAUCAUCAAAGUGAAGCGGUCCUUGUUUUUAAACUCCGAAAUUUUCAUCAAGAGACCUGAGAUUUACUUCAGAAUAAACCAGACUGUCGGCAAUAAAAUGUACCAGUUAACUGUUGACCAGUUAACUGAUCAAACAGCUAUCCGGCCAUAAUAAAUAAGUGGCCGAAAAAGAGCCAAGUUGACAAGGCUAUUCACUCAAUGUGAAUAAGCCUCCACCGUAGAGAAAAUGGCAAGAAGAAAACAAGGAGCUCAAAUAAUUGCAUUGCAUACACUUGCAAACAAAGCACUGUAGCAACCAGUGCUUAUCAUUUCAUCAGCUUCGGCAAUCAAGAAAGCACUGUAACAAAUGAAGAAAAUUUACAAGUGAGUAGCGGCUAGCCCUGUUUGCAGAAAGAAAUCAAGAAGGUGCCAAUCACAUCUCAUGAAGAUGGAAGUAAAAGUCAACCAGAAAUUAUUUUCACCACCUUCAUUUCAGGAUUUUUGAUGCUCUAGCUCCUUCUUCCACUGCUAUAUAAAGAGCCAUUUGGGAGCUGAAAAGAGGACACCAAGUUCUGAUAGAAAUCAUUCUUCUCUUUUCUUUAGUUUAUACGAAGUAUUAGUAGCCAUAUAAUAAAAGUGAUUCUGCCAAGAACACUUCCUGUAUAGAUUUCAGUUUAUAAUUCUCAGUUCCAGAAUUUUAACUUGUGAUAUUUGGUAUUGAAGUUCAUUUGGGUUUAUCAGUUCGUUCAAUCAGUUCCAGCUUAAUUCAAGGAUUUCAACUUUUCUAUUCCAGCCCAUCUAUGUUCUUCAUUAUUUUAUGCCUUCAGGGAUAGAGCGAGACGCUCUGGAAUCUCACUAAGAUCCGUCGUCUUCUUCACUCUCCAGACGCCUGUGCGGCAACGAUGCCACCGGCGGAGGGGCGCAAACUGGUGGCCGGCACAUCAAGGUCCACCUACGCAGCGGCGGUAAGGAAACUCAUCCCUGGCCAUCUACUGCAGUCCCAACCGAUCUCUUUCUUGGCCAUCUACUGCAGUCCCAACCGAUCUCUUUCUCGGACAUCGAUUAACUUUCGCUCAGUGCCAAGGGCGGUCGAUUCAAAGGAUUCCCUAUGGUCAACUUCUCAGAUUCCGAUUUACAGGUUUUAUCGGUUAAUUUCCAUUUGGCUCUUGUAGGUUCCUUCCCUAAUGGACCCCCCCCCCCCCCCUAUUCCCCUACUUCUGGUUUGUAUCUUGGGUUUCAUUCUAGAAUUCCUGUUGAAUUUUUUUCCUCUUGUUUCUACAUUAGUUGUAUCAUCUCUUAGUGCUCAUCGGGUCGGAUCCAUAGAUGACCCGAAUGUUCUUCCUUGUGUUGGCAAUGACGCUUAUUCAGCUGCUCCACCCGGUCAGCUUUCUCCACAAGUCCUUUACGUUGCACAUGUCGAUCUCUAUUUAUGCAUUUCUAUUUUCAUCUGUAUUUCCGUGAUUUUGCCAACAUUUCUUUUAAUUAUGUUUGUGAUUGUAGUGCUUAACUUUUCCGUGUAAAGAUGAAUGCUUUUUAGUUUUUUUUAUUUCACAGUUUACGAAUCCUCUUUCAGUGGGUUGAGCAUCUUGCAACAGAGGUCUCCCAUCGUUAAGGAUGAUAUAGUAUUUGAGAGGCAAAGUAAUUUAUUUGCUUUGGCAAUUGCAAAUGUUGUGCUAAUAAACAUUAUCCUCUCCUUGGCCCUUUGUGCAAACUCCAUUGAAUCAAUUGAGUUAUAUUCUGCAGAACAAUAUCCAAAAGGAUUGGUUGGAGGUUGUAUGCUCAGUUCAGGAUCGUGCAAUUUCCAAAUUUGGUGAAAGACUAAGUCGGAGAUACCUAUCUGUCUGAGUGCGUACAACACUCUGAGUUUGGGAAUUCAAAUACUUAAUAGUGCAAGAUUCAAUGCUAACUUCGAUGCUAAAACAUGUUUUACUCUUUUAGUAUAUGGAAAUAUGUUUAAUGAGUGAGUGGCUAAAUUUGGGAGGGAAAUGAGCAGAUCAAACCUUAUUUUGCAAAAAGGGGUGUACAAAGUGAUCUAGGAGCUGGAGAAGUUGCAACUAGUUACCUCUUCAUUGGCCAAAAUAGUUAAGAAGGACUGAAAGACAAGCAAUUAGAAUUCUGGUUUCUACUCAAAGAAAACUUCACGUUGUUCCUUUUACUUACUUAGUUCUAAACAAUGACAAAUAAUUUAAAAUUUUCUUUUCUUAACCUAUUCAAAAUGAUUUAUAAUGUCGGCAGUUACUUUUUGUGGCAUGUAUGUACGAGUGUGCAUGAGUAAGUAUUAGAAUUGUGAAGAUGUCCUUUUCGAGUCUGUUCAUAUUUUCUUUCAUUUUAAAGUCAUCAACUUGAUUAUAAAUCUCAUGGGUUGUAGUAAUAAGGAAUUUCAACAAUCAGUCAAGGAUCUGAAAGAGACUGCAGAGGAGCUGAUCUAGGAGCUGAUCUAGGAACUGGAGAAGUUGCAGCUAGCUGCCUCUUCAUUGGCCAAAAUAGUUGUCUUUGUAUUGACAAGUGUACCAGUGAUCUAGUAGCUUUUUGUUCUUUAUUAUUUUUUGUUGUUGGGUAUGCCCCUUUUAUUAAUUUAGCAUGUACAUUCACAUGUGUGAGAAUUUUAGAUAUAAUAAAAAUGUUUGAAAUUUUGGUUA